GUCAGGCAGGCUGGCUUCUGGGUUUGGUGGUGUUUGGGAGCGCGAUGGUUGGGGGUGAAGGGACUUCAGCCGCAGCGGAGGAGCUGGUGAAGGGGACGAGGCAGGCGGCCGAGUUCGCCGAGCAGUUCCGGGCUUACUCGGAGAGCGAGAAGCACUGGAAGGCCCGCAUGGAGUUCAUCCUGCGCCACCUGCCCGAUUACCAGGAUGGGCCCAACGGCGGCGGCCGCCUGGACCGGCUGCUGGCGCUGUCCAUGGUGUGGGCCAACCACCUCUUCCUGGGCAGCAGUGUAAACACUAAGGAAGAUUUCUCCAAUUUUCAUCAUGCAGUUGAAUGAUUGACCAAGAGGGUAGACUGAAAGGGCUUUUGAACAUAAAGGCUUUUGCAAAGCUUCUAGAUCUCACAUACACAGAAAGAAGAGAACUGGGAUGAAGUAAAAUCAUUGCGUUGACUUCUUUAACUGUCAUUGUCUUGGUAGCUACCUUUUUAAAGCAAAUGUAGAUGGUGUUUUUUAUAGACAGUGAGUUCAGUAAUAUUGUAUAAAAUCCCUUUCUGAUUUUCUCUUCAGUUUUAAAAUAUCAAGCUUUUUUAAAAUGUCAUGAUUAUUUUUAUCUUGCAAGUCAUCAUGACAAGAUUUCAUUUCAUUCUUGAACUAUGAGUGAAACAGCAUGAACUCUUUGACAAAACUAUGUAUUUUUCUUUGUUAUUUUUAAAUUUAAAAAUAUAUAAAAUAUGUCCUUCCUUUGACAUAAAUCAGUGGAAUCAGAGACCAAAAAUAUCCAUCCUUGAGUGACCACCUGGUCAGCCCCCUUACUUGAAAAACAAUAGGGAGAUAAGAAUCUAUUUUCUUUGCAAAGCUCUGAGACCUGAGACACCAAUUUUUUUACUCCCACCCAUUCUAACAUUUCCUGUUAGAAUCCUGUUGGGAUUUUUUUUUUAUAAAGCAAAAGUUUCCCCUUCUCUCUGGAAAUAAAACCAGAAACUCA